CGUGCGGCUCCUCUCUCUUCUUUCUCUCCCUCUCCCCUCUCUGCUACGUGCUACGUGCACUUGGUGCUCUACGUGCUUUGAGAACUUGGUGCAACUGUGAAUCUGUGCCCUUCUCCUUUGCUCUUCUCUCGCGCUUCGUGAACUUCGACGGGGAUUGGUGCUACGGAGCUUGAGGCUUUGUCUACUUUCCUGAGCAUGGACGUCUGGGCCGAAGGCUUCCGCGUUGUUGGUUGGAGGCUUCGUCGACAUGGCUGAAUCAAGAGCAAUAUUAUUUCGACUUCAUGGAAAUCCGCGAGGAGCUCAGGGACCUGACCGAGAUGGAUAAGAGAGCGACAUGCGCUUGUUGCGGGUCCCCCCGUCCAGGGAUGACAUGACAGAGGGAUGCAUGCUGUUUGUGAGUCGAGAGGGUUGCUCGACUGACUUCCCCGAGCAACAACCUUCGAAGUUGAAGGUCACAGGUUCAAAUCCUGAAAUUGGGAAAGAGGUGUUCCCGUAGAGGCGAUUAGAUUGGAGAGAAAGGAAUUGUCAACGCACAGCGGCAGAUGACCACAACAGGGACCUGAGUGGAACGUCCUGAGCCGAAAAGGAAUUGUCUCUGCUAGAGACCUGAGUGCGGGAUGAAGAUCUUCCAUCUGAUUGUCGCCUCGUGUUCGAACAGGCUGUCUACUGUCUUCAGCGAGUGGCGUUUGUGACAGAUCUGCGUGGAUGAUCCGCAUUGAUCCGCAUGGCUCUGUGUGCUUGCCCAGUCUGUAGGGCUGGGGAGGGUGAUUGUUGUGGAGUUUUGCAGUUUGGGCCUCAUCUCCUGUACAUGUUGGUGAUUGCUGAAUGCCUGGCUUGGGGGCCCUUUCGGCCAAGUCAGUAUUGAUCAGCAGCUUGCUAAAAUAGAAAUGCUUCAGCGCAGUGGAGGUGAAUUUGUUAGGUUUGGGUAGGGAUGGAGGCACUUUGCUCAGGACUCAACUUCUUCUGAGACAUGCCCCAUGACGGAACCUCUUCAUAACAGUUGUGGAGCAGCCUACCGGCACUCUUCUCGGUGUGAAGUGUACGUCAAUCAUCGGCUGAUGCUGUACGGCCUUUGCGUUUCAUUUCAUAUUAUUAAUUAGUUCUAUUACUACGCACAGCAUAUAGAUAUAUAUGUAUAUCUGUAUAUUUAUGACAUGACGUAUGUGUUUGUGUUCCGGCAGAAGCAAUAGCCAGUAGGGUAUGGCGGGACACAGAAUGGAUGGGUUGUUUAUGGAUUGGUUUUCUGGAUUCUACCUUGUCAGGUAGCCUGCUUUUCUGGGGGAAUUGGGUUAAAACGAGUCGCUGCGAGGGGUCGUGGAGUGGAGAUGAGAACCUUGAUUGAGGAAGCAGGGGGGGUCGCAAUGACCGCGAACUGCGCCGACCGGUAGGGGCAGAGAAGGGAGUGUAGGCAGCGAGUGGAGGUGGAGACAAGAAGAGGUUGAAAAUGGAAAGUUGCUGGUCGAGCACCUUUCAAGGAGUCCAGUCUGGGCUUAGGGGCAUUUCACCAUCUGUCUGCGAUUGCUUGCAAACGUCGAGGACGGAGCAAUAGACUGACGUGUGUGUGUACUCCAUCUUGGAACGAAAGAUAGCACACAGUAUUUAUGUCUGUUUGCUCAUUCUUGUGGCUCGCGAUUUGUCGAUGUCUCACAUGCAUACCCAUGUAUUCUCUAUGGGUGCAAUAGCCGUGGACUGCAGGUACGCGAUGAGCAGGCCAGCCGUGAGAUACCUCGUUAGCCUCUCUUGUGGUACCAUCGCAGGACUGGCGAGAUCCCGUCGUUAUUGAGAGAGAGAGAGAGAGAGAGAGAGAGAGAGAGAGAGAGAGAGAGAGAGAGAGAGAGAGAGAGAGAGAGAGAGAGAGAUGGAGUCGAUGCCUGCUGAGGAAGCAUCAGAGGGGACAAUCACGGAGUUUGAGGCGACAGCGGCGGAAGAAGGGAGAGGAGGUGGUGUAGGAGGGGCAGGAGGAGUGGGAGGAGGAGGAGGGUCGUGCUCCAGUGGGAAAGAUGGAGAUUCACUGCUAAUAUCUAUGCAAGAACUGCGCAGUUUGCGGCCCCAGCUGCAGGCGGCAGCUGAGUACUGCAAGUCGACCUACGCUCACGGUGAUCAGGAGCAAAAGGAGUUAGUGAUGCAGAAUCUGAAAGCCUACGUGGUGAAAGCCCUUGUGAACGCUGUCGAUCAGUUAGGUACAGUCGCCUACAAACUUAAUAACGAACUGCUGAAGCAGUCCAUCAGGAUAAACGAGUCAGAGGUCCAUGUGGCAGCUCUGGCUCAGCGCUUGAACACAUGCAAUCAGUACCUUGAGCACGAUAGUUUGAAACAGCAGCAGGAACUCAAACCGACCAGCCGGUUUCAUAAAUCAUACGUCACAGAAGACAAGCUUGCUGAUGUGGCACAGUUGGUCGUCGAGUCACGACCUGAAAUGGAGCGUGAAAACUUCGACUUCAUCAACCCCGCUCACGGUGCUUCCUCAGCGGAGUCAGGGCAUUUUCCUCCUCCGCCUCGUCAACAGCACCAUCGUCCUUCAUCUACUUCUUCUGCUGCCACCGCCUCUGCUGCCGCGUCUGCUGCCGCUGCCGCAGCUGCUCCUGGUGCUGCUCUUUCUCCGCCUCUCUCUUCCUCUACCCGCGGCGGUCGGGACACAUUUGGAGGGAAAGUGGUCUUGUCGGACGUGUUGCAACGACAGGUCUCGGGCUGGGAGUUGCCACCUCCGAAGCCAUACAGUAGCCGUGUGAGAACCACUGAUGUCCUUCACGGUGGCCAGCAAGGCCGACAUGGUGCCAACACGUGUGCAGUGGGAGUGAGAGGGGAACCGUUUGCCAGAUGGACAGGCUUGCAAACGCCCACGCUGUCGAUAGCCAGCAUGUCGCUCUCGAUCCGAGACGAGAGAAGAGCAGGAGUUGGAGGUCUGGGAGGGAGACUUCCAUCGGCCGUGGAUUCGGGCCUACUGCCCGCCUCUCUGAACAAUUCGGUGGAGUGCUGGAAAGCAGGAGGCUCGGCUGAUGGUUCAGGAAGGGGAGGUGUGGGUCGCGUCGAUCUGAGUGGCGUCGCUGGUGGCAGCGUCGGCGGCUUUAGUGGCAUGGUUGGAGGGGGAGGAGGAGGAAUGCGGAGGGGGGAUCGGUGGGAGCCGUCGGACGGGUGGGGUGAGGGCAGUAGUAGCAGUAUUGCGCCAUCGACGGGAGAUCAUCUGUCUGGGAAGCCGUCGUCGUCCUCGUCAAGGACCAAAUGGUCCUUGAAGAGCAUCCUCGGGAAAAAAAAGAGCGGGAAAGGAUCGUAAUGCCAAUGCGAAGUACUAGCGAGUGAAACUGCCAAUAGUGGUCUCGUCAGAUUCUGAAGAGAAAAAAAAAGCUCUCGACGAUAAGAGUGAUGGUGACGGUGACGCGCAUGAAAAACAAAUGAUAUGGACAAUAAUGGUGAGGUUGACGAUGAUGAUGCUCAAAAGAGAAACUUGGAGUGACGGCCGUAACCAGGUGAUUGAAAGCUCUGCAUCCGUGUGGCGAUGUUUAUGAUUUGGGCAAAUUGAUAGCAUAGUUUAUAGCUCGUACAUAGCAGGACAUUUUGACUUCGUUCUUCUUUCCCACCUUAAACCACCAGUACAUGGUCCCAGGCAACGGGAGAACCUGUUUUGAGCCUCUCCUAAAAUUUAAAAGGCCAAGCGUCGUGUAGAUAAAAUGAGUCGGCGGCGGGCGGCCUCCGAUAGGGGCCUGCGGCCGAUAGCUGGCAUGUACUGGUGCUUUAAACUGCUGUCUUUUGUGCCUUUGACUUUCUUUCGAUAGAGAAUGAAUAGGCGGGACUGGU